UCCUCUUGAUGCGCAUGUAUGUAAUGAAUCUGACUUGAACAAAUAUCCCAAACUUACAGCGACUGUUGACGCUAGCAGUAAUACCGAUUGAUCAGAGAAUGACGUCCAACCUUCAGGAAGAACAAAUAACUCGUGCGAAGUAUCUACCAUUAAGGGUUGGACCCUCAGCUGGAAAAAAAAUCGACGUAACGUCAGCAUUGUGUCUUUCUGAAGAGCUCGUGAAAAUUAUCAAAAGGGACGAGCAAAGAAAUAAACAGGAAAACAAACGGAUGAAACAGCGGGAGAAAGACUUUGAAGCUCUUCAGAACGAGAAGGACACACUUCAAAAAGAAAACAAGAAGUUGGAAAGUAAAUGCCAACAGACCGACGAAUUGCUUGAGGUCAUCCAAACUCUAAAGACUGAAAACAAUAAACACAAGGAAGACUUAAAACGGAAACAAGUUGACGUCAGCAGUUUAACAGAACAUACCUCGGAGGACUCAAGUGAACCAUGUAUCAGUAAUGUGGAGGAAAAUCCAGGUGAGGUUAUCCCAAAUGUCCCUGACCUCAGUGACCCCAACAGAGCCAUGAAGCUUGGGGAGAAGUACAACGAGUUGUUCGACAAUGAGUGGACGGACGCCCUGGAGACACUGUGUAGAGAUGGGGUCGAUGAAGAUAGAAAUAUUAAGAAUUUGCUUGACGUUCUGCAGAAGUGUUAUAGCCUAUGUCAAGAUCUAUCAGAGAAACAGAUGACGUCACUAGAAAUGGUUUUGCUUAACCCGGGAGCCUCUGUAACACCUACAAACACCAACUACCCGAAACAAGUAUGGGGGGACGCCAUGAUCUCCAAAUCUACAUACAAGCAGCUGAAAGACUGUCGGAAAGAGGUGUCGCAAAAGGCUGUGGGGAACAUUUUUAAGGAACAUGCCCGAGCAAAACUUGGAUGGAUUGCAGAAGACAUUCCUGAUUUCGUAAAAGGAUGUAUCGAGGUAUGCUGGCUUAUGUGUACCCAGGACCCCCCAGUCUUUAUCGGAAGCGAGGCAGACGUCGGCAGUGCGUUCGAUGGCAAUGUGUAUAAACCGUACACGAUUUCCGGAACAAUCGUCUCCUACAACGUUUGGCCACCCUUGUUGCUACACAAAAACGGUCCACUACUGGUGAAGGGGAUUGUACAACCGAUCAAAGUACCCCGGGCAAAGAAAAACACUGAAGAAUCAAAGCAUAAAACAACUGUCGUAGCUGACAGACUUAAAAAAAACUUUGGAGAAACGUACAAUUCUCCAUAUGGUCAGAAAAGUACGCAACGCGAAACGGCAACAAAACCAACCAAAUAUUACGAAAAAGCACAACUUGAUAGAAAUUUCACUUCUCCACCAAGAGAGAAAUACUACAACGGAAGUCAUACCGGAAAAAAUUACGAAGAGCUUCGCUCACAUAAUGCUGUUGAGGCCAGAGGCUCCCCAGUUCAUCUUACAACUCACAGUAGUAACUACGGAAGCCGUCAUGAACCUUAUGGAACGACCACACAAACAAAUUACCAUCAAGACGUUGUAAGACAUACUUCCGAGCCAUAUAAGUUCGAAUACAGAGGCAGGACAUACGUUUACAAAAAUGACCAUGCGUAUCCAAUGAAGGAAUACCAGCAAAUAUUUGGCACGACAAGAGGCGUAUCCGACCUGUAACAGCUGUAAUGUUGACCGUUUGACAAAGCGGACAUUCUAUACCUGAUACGAUUUAUUAUUUUGAGUUCAUAAAUUUGUUUUGAUAGUACUUUUUUAGUUUGAAAAUGAUAUCACGUGACGUGACAAUACUUUACGACGUAUUGUGACAAUUUAUCUUACUUCCUGAUAGGAGUAGUUGAAAUAAGUGUGUUUCAAAGAAUAUAUUUCUCUUUUUGAUGAAUGGUGUAUGGGAUCAACAAGAUAUCUAAGUAUUAGAAAUAAUUAUGAUGAUGUGUCCAAGCUCGUAAUUGCUUUGUAAAAUAUGAUGUACUCGCUAAAGUUUGUAUAUCAUAAAUGAAAAUAAAAUCACCGUGUAAGUGAAAUAAAGGUUAAAUCAUCUCAUUAUAUAGUCUCUACAGCAUAAAUAGGUCAUAUAGUAAAUGAUCCCAUUCUUCCGUUGGUUAAUGGAAAUAUUCAUUAACUUAUGCAAUAAUGCUUGUCUAUACGUUUAGACAAAGGUUUACGUUUUUACGAUACCUUUCAGUUAUUGUCUUUAAAAAGGACCAGUAUUCGUUACUUUACAUAUUUUCUGGUUCUAUUAUGUAAACUGGAAUGACUAUAUGAUUUUCUUAAUAUACAGAGAAUCCUUAUAGAUGUUUCAAUGUUUUAAAUAUGUUCUGUGCUCAUAUACAUUUGUUGUCCAUUUCAAUCAUUUUGUUACGAACUUUGCCUGUAUAUAACAUUGUAAGAAUGUGAUUUUGAUUUAUGAGUGAAGUAUUUCUCACCAAUUAUUGGAUAUGAUUACAAUCACCGGCAGAUACAAAUUAUGUAGCAUACAUUAUCUGGGUGAUAUUUCAUAAUACAUGAUCGAGAGACCUUUUUAUUGUGUCUUACUCGAGUUAUCUAACAUUCAAAGAAAAAAAGGAAAACGAUCUACAAUGAUAAUUUUUGUUUAAAUUCUAAAAUGUAUUUAUUGAUAAUUGAAAUGGUCAGGAUUUGACCUGUCUCUGUCACAUUAUCAUAGCAUUGUGAAAAAAAAUUCAUCAGUUAAAAAACGGCAAGUCAGGCCACGCCAAAUGUUGUUUGGGGAAUUACGUUUUUGUAAUGGAAAUGCAAAAAAAUAUAUAAUUAUUUUCUGGCGUCAUAUUUUUGUACUGCCUGUAACGCGAGGCGACAUAUAGGUAUUACUAGGUCGGCGUCGUCGGCUGCGUUGUCCAGAACAAGGUUUCCGUGCGGUUACUUCCCUUGUGUUGAUUGAACUCAUUCUUGGUACACAUAUUAUAUUCCUAUCUAGCUCGAAUUUUACAUUAAUUUUCGGGGGAGUUAUGCCCCUUUUAUUGCCAAAUAAGGGCAUUGGGUAGAAAAAG